AUGAGUGUCUUCUCCCGCCGCCCCCAGAACCCGCCCUUCAUCAAGGUGGAGGAUGCGGCGCCGCCCUACAAGGUGUCGGGGACUCAGGUGCAGAUCUUCGAGGUCUUAAUGAACUACCUCGGCCGUUGUCACGAAUGGGUGAUUCCGGAAGUACAUGGCUACGGCUACCAGCAUCCCAACGGCUCGUGGGUCGGGGUCAUCGGCUCCGUCCACAACGGGCGCGCCGACUUGUCGAUGGCCCUCGGCCACAGCAUCGACAGGGCCAAGGUGGUCGACUUCAGCGAGAACCUCUACAUGGACGAGUUCGCCAUCGCCUACAAGCGGCCGAAGCUCGCCUCCGACAUCAUUGGCUUCACCAGGCCAUUCACUCUCUCGGUGAGCUGGGAGGGGGGGGGGUUACCACGCCAUCCUCCAAACGCCCCGCUUGAUGUCCACAGGAGGACGGGGCGCGAGGGGGCGCCGGGCACAGAGAACCAGACUCAUUUUCUUCGAGAUGUUGAGGAGUCUGUCCGCUGGACCAUCUGCCAUCUUAUUGGUCAGGCCGUGCCGCAGGAGCCCGCAGGCAACGGCCCCAGGAUCGCCGGCGGCCUGUGGCUCCUGUCGGCCUUCAUCCUGGGCGUGGUGUACCGUGGCAACCUCAAGGCCAUGCUCAUCUUGCCAAGGGUGGUGCUGCCCUUCGACACCCUGCAGGAGCUGACGGAGACCAACAUCCCCAUCUGGAUCCCCGAGGGCAAUCUCGUCCACAAGGCCAUCAUGGCAGCGACGCCGGACUCGGCCUACUACCGCCUCCGGAAGCAGAUGCUGGUGCACCUGGACGUCCCGCGCGGCACCAGGGAGACCUUCGGCGGCCUCCACGCCGUCGCGGCGCCCAUGACCACCAUCGUGUUCCUCAUCGACCUCACCUUCUCGACGGCAAGUUACUAUGUUUCCCUUUUCCCUUGA